GAGGAAUACAUGAAGGAACAGAUCCCAUGGACUCUGAUUGAUUUCUAUGAUAAUCAACCCUGCAUUGACCUGAUCGAGGCAAAACUUGGCAUUCUGGACCUUCUGGAUGAGGAAUGCAAGGUCCCCAAGGGAACGGACCAGAACUGGGCCCAGAAACUCUAUGAUAGGCACGGCAGUAGCCAGCACUUUAAGAAACCACGGAUGUCAAAUAUCUCCUUCAUCGUUGUGCACUUUGCUGAUAAGGUGGAGUAUCAGUGUGAUGGCUUCUUAGAGAAGAAUCGUGAUACAGUGUAUGAGGAACAGAUCAAUAUUUUGAAAGCCAGCAAGUAUCAGUUGGUCGCCGACCUUUUUCAUGAUGGAAAGGAUGCAGUACCUCCGACACCAACUGGCAAAUCAAAAGUCAAUGUUCGCCCACUCAAACCUGCGAUAAAAAAUGCCAAUAAAGAACACAAGAAAACUGUCGGACAUCAGUUUCGGAACUCUCUCCAGCUGCUGAUGGAAACUUUAAACGCCACCACACCUCAUUAUGUACGGUGUAUUAAACCCAACGACGAGAAACUGGCAUUCAGCUUCGAUCCCAAACGAGCCGUACAGCAGUUGAGGGCGUGUGGAGUCCUGGAGACAAUCAGGAUCAGUGCUGCUGGCUAUCCAUCUAGGUGGACAUAUCCUGACUUCUUCAACCGAUAUCGUGUUCUUAUGAACAAGAAAGAUCUCUCCCUUAGUGAUAAAAAGCUCAUCUGCAAGAAUGUUCUCGAGCAUCUGAUAAAGGAUCCAGAUAAGUUCCAGUUUGGUCGCACAAAGAUCUUCUUCCGUGCUGGACAAGUGGCUUACCUGGAGAAGCUUCGAGCGGACAAGUUCCGUGCGGCCACCAUUAUGAUCCAGAAGACGGUGCGGGGCUGGUUACAGAGACUGAAAUACAGGAGAAUGAAGAGUGCAUCCGUCACAAUUCAGAGAUAUGUACGGGGACACCUCGCUCGCAGGCUGGCCGAUCAUCUUCGAAAAACGAAAGCAGCCAUUUGCUUCCAGAAACAAUUCCGAAUGAUCCGCAUCUACCGGGUGUACCAGACAAUCCGCAGGGCGGCCAUCACCAUCCAGUCCUACACACGGGGCAUGGUUGACAGGAGAGCUUACCGUGAGCUCCUGCAACAGCACAAGGCUACAGUCAUUCAGAAGAACCUACGAGGGUGGAUAAUCCGCAAACAGUUCACCAAGUUCCGCUGCGCGGCCAUUGUCAUCCAGUGUUAUUACCGCCGCAUGAGGGCACGGCGAGAGCUUAAAAAGCUGAAGAUUGAGGCCAGGACGGCCGAGCACUUUAAGAAGCUGAGUGUGGGCAUGGAGAACAAGGUGGUUCAGCUACAGAGGAAGAUCGAUGAGCAGAACAAAGACUUCAAGGAUUUGAAGGAGCAGCUAGUGACAGCGACAACCUCUCAUUCAACAGAGGUGGAGAAGCUGCAGAAGGAGCUGGAGAGACAACGGCAGAACCAGCAGGAUGAGAACCAACUGGCCAGCCUGCAGGAGGAAAUCGAGGCUCUGAGGGCUGAACUGGAAAAGAGCAAAGAUGAGAGGAAGAUUGUAGAGGACUCCUAUAUGAGCGAGAAGCAGCAGCUACAGCAGCGAAUCGUUGAACUGGAAGAUGAGAACAGUCACUUAAAGGAAGAGAAAGAAGAUCUCAAUCAGCGAAUCCUCCUCCGCUCUGAAGAUGAAUUUACGCAGAGCGCAGUGAAGGAAAACUUGCAGAUCCAGAAGGACCUAGAGGAAGAGCGAGCCCGCCAUCAAAAUCUGGUGAAGGAGUAUACCCGUCUAGAGCAGAGAUAUGACAACUUACGGGAGGAGGUCACACUUAUCAAGCAAACCCCUGGACACCGUAGAAAUCCAUCCAACCAGAGCAGCUUGGAAUCCGACUCCAACUACCCUUCCAUUUCCACGUCUGAAAUUGGGGACACUGAAGACACCAUUAUGGAGGUAGAGGAAGCUGGGCUGGAAAAGGCUGCGAUGGACAUGACUCUGUUCCUGAAACUUCAGAAGAGGGUGAGGGAGCUGGAACUGGAGAGGAAGAAACUGCAGAACCAGUUAGAGAAGAAGGAGCAGCAAGAAAAUAAGAAGUCACAGGUCAUUGAAACGUCAAAUGACACAGAUCGUGAUACAGACAUCGCCUACAACAACCUGAAGAGGCAAGAGUUGGAAUCUGAAAAUAAGAAGCUCAAGAAUGACCUGAAUGAGCUUAGGAAAGCAGUUGCUGAUGCAGCAAAUGAGGAAGACUCCAAUGAGGAGCCCAGCGGUUACACCCUCCUACUGAACCAGCUGAAAUCUGCCCACGAGGAACUGGAAGUACGCAAAGAAGAGAUUCUCAUUCUCAGGACACAGAUUGUAAACUCUGCUCAGCAGAAAGACCCAGAGAAGAAAGUAGAUACAGAGAAAAACUGGUCAAACAGCGAUAAAGAAAUGGAUCAGGAUGAUGCCAUCGAGGCGUAUCAUGGUGUCUGUGAGACCAACAGAAAGACUGAGGACUGGGGGUAUCUGAACGAAGAUGGUGAGCUGGGCCUGGCCUAUCAAGGUUUAAAACAAGUGGCCAGGCUCCUGGAGGCUCAACUACAGGCCCAGAGCCAGCAGCACGAGGAUGAGAUGGAGGCCAUGACCUCUCAGAUCGAGUCUCUAAAGGAGGAACUAGAGAAGCAACAGCAAGUUCUCCUCCAGGCUCUGCAGCUCUCUCCUGAGGCUCAGGUGGAGUUCGGCCUCCAGCAGGAAAUCACACGACUCACCAAUGAGAACCUUGACCUAAAAGAAUUGUUGGAGAAGUCGGAGAAGAAUGAGAAGAAACUGAAGAAGCAGCUGAAGCUGUAUCAGAAGAAGAAGAUGCAGGAAUCAGAAGGCUCUCCAGACAUUAUUCAACCAGAGCGGAAGCAGGCAGAGCUGACCAGGCAGGUGACGGUACAGCGUAUCGAGAAGGAUUUCCAGGGCAUGCUGGAGUAUUAUAAGGAGGACGAGCCUCUCCUCAUCAGGAACCUCAUAGUAGACCUGAAGCCUGAGCUGACCUCUGCGACCGUGCCAUGUCUGCCUGCGUACAUUCUGUUUAUGUGCAUCAGACACGCCGACUAUGUUAAUGACGAUCAGAAGGUGCACUCACUGCUCACCUCCACCAUCAAUGGCAUCAAGAAAGUGCUGAAGAAACACAAUGAUGACUUCCGGAUUACGUCAUUCUGGCUCUCAAAACUCCAGCCGUGUCCUCCAUUGUUUGAAGCAAUAUAGCGGAGAUGAGGGUUUUAUGACCAGCAAUUCUCCCAAGCAGAACGAGCAUUGUCUCCGUAACUUCGACCUCACCGAAUAUCGUCAGGUUCUUAGUGAUCUGUCCAUCCAGAUCUACCAGCAGCUCAUAAAGAUCGCAGAGGGUCUCUUACAGCCAAUGAUAGUGUCGGCCAUGUUGGAAACAGAGAGUAUUCAGGGUUUGUCAGGAGUGAAGCCAACUGGAUAUCGGAAAAGAUCCUCCAGUAUGGUGGAUGGCGGCGACAACGCCUACAGCCUGGAAGCCAUCAUCCGCCAGCUGAAUGCCUUCAAUAUCAUCAUGUGUGAUCAUGGCCUGGACCCCGAGAUUAUCCAGCAAGUGUUCAAACAGCUCUUCUACAUGAUCAACGCCGUGUCACUGAACAACCUCCUGCUGCGAAAAGACAUUUGUUCCUGGAGCACCGGCAUGCAGCUCAGGUAUAACAUCAGUCAGUUGGAAGAAUGGCUACGAGGGAAGAACCUGCAUGUCAGCGGAGCAGCUCAGACGAUGGAGCCUCUGAUCCAGGCAGCACAACUACUACAGCUAAAGAAGAAAACCCAAGAGGAUGCUGAGGCCAUCUGCUCGCUGUGUACAGCUCUCACUACACAACAGAUUGUAAAAAUCCUGAACUUGUACACACCAGUGAAUGAAUUUGAAGAGCGUGUCACAGUCUCCUUCAUCAGGAGUAUUCAGGCUCAGUUACAGGACCGGAAAGACCCUCCACAACUCCUGCUAGACUCCAAGUAUAUGUUCCCUGUCUUAUUCCCCUUCAACCCUUCACUAAUCACCAUGGACUCCAUCCAGAUCCCAUCUUCCCUUCGCCUCGACUUCCUCAACAAAGUCUAA